AAUGUCGUGUAAAGUUUAUUUACAACCGACCUGCCAACCAACUAAAACUUACAACUUGCCAACUGAAUGAUCAAAACAUCCCUGCUGGAUAAAACGGCCGCUAAUUAUGGUUCGAAUUACAGAGGACCUUAUCCGCAAGCGAGCGGAGCACAAUAACAUGGAGAUAUCAACGUUGGAGGAAAUCUCUCUCCAUCAGCAGGAUAUCGAGCGGAUAGAGCAUUUGGACAAAUUGUGCCGUGAGCUGAAGAUUCUCUAUCUACAGAGCAACCUCAUUCCCAAAAUAGAGAAUGUUGGCAGACUGAAGAAGAUGGAGUAUCUUAACAUGGCGCUGAACAAUGUGGAGAGAGUCGAGAACUUGGAAGGUUGCGAGUCGCUCAAGAAAUUGGACCUCACCAUUAACUUUGUAGGGGAGCUCACAAGCCUGGAGAGCCUGAAGGAGAACUACAAUCUGAAGGAACUGUUUUUAACCGGUAACCCUUGCACAAAGUUUGAAGGCUACAGGGAGUACGUCAUUGCCGUCUUACCACAAUUGAAGUAUCUUGACGGUAAAGAGGUAGAUAAAUCAGAGCGGAUAAAAGCAAUCCAAGCUUUGAGGAACAUCCGACCGAUGAUCUUGCAACAAGAAGAAGACUACAGAAUAAAAAGAGAAAAAGAGAAAGAAGCAAGUGAGAAAUCGGAGAAGCAAUCAAAGGAGACGAAGAAAGGGUUUGAUGGCCGCUGGUACACGGACGUGAAUGAAGGCGACUCAUCAAAAGAGCAAGGCAGCACAAAUGGCCAUGGAAACAAUGAAGAUGAUGAAGCGGAAACCAUGGAAACAGAGGAGGACACAAGCAGUUUUUGGCAAGAGGAAACGGACUUCACACCUGAGUCGAGAAUAGCGGUCCACGACCAUGUCAAGAAGGCAAGAGAAAAAGACGAGAAGAAAUCGAAACCCGGUCCUGAUGUGCCCAAGCGGAGGAUCCGGUUGAAGACGGAUGACGGGAAGCUGCUGAACGUCAACGAGGCAAAAAUCGAUUUCUCACUGACAGACGACGAAGAGAACAACUGUUUAUGCCUGGAUGUUGCGUGCUACAAACACCUGGAUACAUCACUCCUUGACGUCGAUGUCCAACCGACGCACGUCAAGGUGGUCAUCAAAGGAAAGGUUUUCCAGUUAGUUUUGACGGAAGAGAUCAUGCCCGAUAGCAGCAAGGCCCAGCGAUCACAGACAACAGGUCAUCUGCUCAUCAAAAUGCCUAAGGUGAACCAGGUCAUAAAAGCCAAAGUUACCAAGCCAGCUAAUACCUCGAAAGAAGUCAGACCAGCAGAUGAAGGACAACAGAAGAAAUCAACAGGAAGCACUUAUGGAGGCACCUUGGAGGUCGAUCCCACAUCAGCGCAGAACGUGGACCUCAUGGUAACGGAACAGUCUGGCCAACGCAGACCGUACGAGUGCGCCAAGAGGAAAGAGGCCGUGGAUAGACCCAACAGCCAGGAUUUUGUGGAUGAUCCAGAUGUGCCUCCAUUGAUGUGAAAUAAACUGUUGCAUAAAUAAUACAUUCCAGCAGCAUUUUGAACAUGAAUGUACAUACUUAUUCCGUCCGAAUCAAGAUUUUAAAGGAAUUAUACAGAACUUUGGAAAUUGUCAGUCAUGUAUUUUAAAGUUGUAUUUUUUACGUGCUCUUUGUAUGUGCAGAGCCUAUAUCUAUAGCCAGUUGGAAAAAAACAUACAUGCAUGUGUACACACACACUUGUUCCGUAGUUGUGGGGACUACACACGAGUUGUUCCAUGGUACUACGGGGACCGAAGAUGCUGUGGGGACAGCAGAAAGUCCCCAUAACUCGGUCCUAAUUUGCCUAACAAUAAACAACUUCCCCAUAUACAUUUUGUAAUGUGGUGACACUACUUCGCAAGAUUUUAUCGUUUUCAUGAAUUUAUUCUCUGAUGUGGAAUAAUAAAUGUUUGAACAAAACAAUCUUCUGAGGAAUCAAUUUUUUCGAAAGUUUCAGAAGAUUUGGAAGAGAGCAUUAUUACAAAUGAGGGGAAUAUUAAAUAAUAAGACAAAGUGAAUACACGUAGUUUCAAGUAAUACUUUUACGACAAUUUUUUUUAUUAAGAUAUUCAUGCAUUGCUGACAUUAAACAAUUAUAAGAUGCAGUAUACACACAAUAUUUACAGUGCCAGAAAUUGCUAAAUUGCUCAAAAGUGCAUGUGAAAAUUCAUGGACCAUGGUGGAUUUCAUAAAAAAACAUGCAAAAGUGGUUGGUUAGAAGUGUAUGAAGACAUAUCUAAACAUGUUCCUCAAUCCCAUCCCCAGAAAUUGUCUUCAGGCCCGUAAAAAAAAUGACACAAACAAUAUUAAAAUUAGUGUUGCUUCUCCCUAGUUGUAACUUUCAAAGACCCUGUGUAAACAGAGCAUAUUAAAAUAGUAACAUUGGCCCAUUUGCGACAACAGUCCACUGUAAUUGCAGCAAUUUCCAAAUAGAAUUUUUUCCUUCACUAAAGUUGGUUUCAUGUGAUUAUUUAUUUGAAAAAA